UCCCGUUUCCCUAGGGAGCCCAUGAGCUCCUCCCCUCCCGUGCCCCAGUCUUCGCGGGGGGGGGCGGGGCCUCUCCGAGAGGGGCGGGGCCGGAGCUAGAAGCCAGAUUGAAAGCGGUGAGGCUGUUUGGCGGGAAGUUGGCUAAGUUCCCCGGUCCCCGCCUUGUUUCUCCCCAGAGGCUUCACAAUCUUCCCUCCACGAUCUCGGCAUAGGGCAUAGUACCCUUUCGCACGGAGGACGCGAUGGCUCCUAGGAAACGCCCAGAAACCCAGAAGACCCCCGAGGUAGCAGUGCGCCCCAAGAGCAAGAGGAGCAGAAGCCCCCGGGAGCUGGAGCCCGAGGCCAAGAAGCUCUGUGUGAAGGGCCCCGGUUCUAGCAGAAGAUUUGACUCAGGCUGCCUUUGGGCGGGGUUGGCUAGCCUGCAGGUCCCGCCAUCAUGCAGCAUCGUCAGGGCCCUCCACCACCAUAAGCUGGGCAAUGCUGUCCGGCCAUCACUACAGCAGGGUCUCCAGCAGGCCUUUCUGCACUCUCUGGCUUCUUACCGGAUAUUCCAAAAGGCUGCCCCCUUUGACAGGAGGGCCACAUCCUUGGCAUGGCACCCAACUCACCCCAGCACCCUGGCUGUGGGUUCCAAAGGGGGAGAUAUCAUGCUCUGGAACUUUGGCAUAAAGGACAAACCCACCUUCAUUAAAGGGAUCGGAGCUGGAGGGAGCAUCACUGGGCUGAAGUUUAACCCUCUUGAUACCAACCAGUUUUUCACCUCCUCAAUGGAGGGAACAACCAGGCUGCAAGACUUUAAAGGCAACACUCUCCGAGUUUUUACCAGCUCAGGCACCUGCAACUUCUGGUUUUGCAGCCUGGAUGUGUCUGCCAGAAGCCGAAUGGUGGUCACGGGAGACAAUGUGGGGCACGUGAUCCUGCUCAACAUGGAUGGCAGGGAGCUUUGGAAUCUGAGAAUGCACAAAAAGAAAGUGACCCACGUGGCCCUGAACCCAUGCUGUGAUUGGUUCCUGGCCACAGCCUCCGUAGACCAAACAGUGAAAAUCUGGGACCUGCGCCAGGUUAGAGGGAAAUCCAGCUUCCUCCACUCGCUGCCGCAUAGCCAUCCUGUCAAUGCAGCUUGUUUCAGUCCUGAUGGAGCCCAGCUCCUGACUACUGACCAGAAGAGUGAGCUCCGGGUUUACUCGGCCUCCCAGUGGGACUGCCCCCCAAGCCUGAUCCCACACCCUCACCGCCACUUCCAGCACCUGACGCCCAUCAAGGCAACCUGGCAUCCUCGGUACAACCUCAUUGUCGUGGGCCGAUACCCAGAUCCUAAUUUCAAAAGCUGUACCCCCCAUGAAUUAAGGACGAUCGAUGUGUUUGAUGGACACUCAGGGAAGAUGAUGUAUCAGCUCUAUGACCCAGAAUCUUCUGGUAUCAUUUCGCUCAAUGAGUUCAAUCCCAUGGGGGACACGCUGGCCUCUGUGAUGGGUUAUCACAUUCUCAUUUGGAGCCAGGAGGAAGCUGGGAUGCGGACAUGAGAGACAUUAAUGAAGGUGCGGGCCAAGCCAGAGCUUGGAGCCGCCUGAGAACAAAUCCUCUGAAAAGAGGCGGCUGUGUGUUAAAGGGCCAAAGGUAUCCAAGUCUUAGGGUCAGAGCAGGGACACUGUGGGGCUGGGACACUAGCAUGUUACUGCUCUGGACUUAGCUCCAGAAACUUCUCCAGGGUUGGUGCCCCAGGUGCCCCAAGGGUCCCUGCUAUAUCUAGCCUGGAGCCAAGCUUCUCCUGGAGCCAAGGUACUUUUCUAUUCUUUGAUGAGCAGUGACAGAGGGAUCAGGUAGUGGUUUUUGGUUUGUGCUCACUAUUGACUUGGCUAAUAAAACCAUACCCAACUGA